AUGGAGGAAAUUGGAUUGAACUUCAACCCAAUAUUCAUCAUCUUCACCUCUCUUGUUUCUCUAAUCUUGUUAUUCUCCAUUAACCGAAUCUUAUUCAAAUCCUCACCCAAGAGAAAACUCCCCCCUUCCCCACCAAAGCUACCUAUAAUCGGAAACCUCCAUCAGUUAGCAAGCUCCCUUCCUCACCAUGCCCUCCACUCCAUGGCCCAACAACACGGCCCCAUCAUGCUUCUCCACUUCGGCAGCGUCCCCACCGUCAUCGUCUCCUCGGCUGACAUAGUCCGCGAGAUCAUCCGAUCCCACGACCUGAACUUCUCCAACCGGCCCGAGCUCAAGGCCAUGAGGAAGCUGCUCUACGGCAGCAGAGACGUGGGCUCCGCGCCACACGGCGAGUACUGGAGGCAGAUGAGAAGCAUCUUUGUCCUGCAGAUGCUCAGCAGCAAAAGGGUGCAGUCCUUCGGCUCGAUAAGGGAGGAGGAAACGGCCCUUAUGGUGAAGCGGAUCGAGGAGAGUUCGGGGCCGGUGGAUUUGAGCAAGAUGAUGGCGGAGACGAACGCUGAUGCGGCCUUCAGAUCGACGUUCGGUGGGAAAUACAGCGAGACUGAGAAUGGGAAGAAGUUUCCGGGUUUGAUGAGGGAGUUCAUGGAUCUUAUUGGAACGGCUGAUAUUGGUGAUUUUGUUCCUUGGCUUGGAUGGAUUGGUCGUGUUAAUGGUUUUGAUAAGAGGCUUGAUGAGACUGCGAAACGGAUGGAUGAGGUUUUGGAGAGUGUGAUUCAAGAAAGGCAAGCUCAGGUGAAGGCCGUGAAAGAAGAUUUUGUGGAUGUUUUGGUGGAAAUCUACAAGGAUCGGAGUGUUGAUUCCUCCAUUGAUCGGGACAGCAUCAAAGCCUUGCUUUUGGAUGUAUUCGUUGGUGGAACUGAUACAAUAUCCUCAUCUACGGAAUGGGUGAUGUCGGAACUCCUACGACAUCCUAGGGUGAUGGAAAAGUUGCAAUCCGAGGUACGAGGCAUCGUUAAACAGAAUCAACAUAUCAAACAAGAUGACCUAGAAAAAAUGGGAUACAUGAAGGCCGUGAUCAAGGAAACCUUGCGUCUCCAUCCACCCUUCACACUGGUUUCACGAAUGACAAACAAGGACGUGCAGAUCAAAGGCUACGACGUUGCUGCCGGGACACUAAUGAUGAUCAAUGUAUGGGCCUUGGGGAGGGACCAUGUCUCUUGGGUUGAACCAGAAAAGUUUAGGCCAGAAAGAUUCUUAAAUUCUUUAAUUGAUUUUAAAGGGCAAGAUUUCGAAUUGAUCCCGUUUGGGGCUGGGAGAAGGGGAUGUCCUGGGAUUACAUAUGCUACUGUUACUAUGGAGAUUAUGUUAGCUAAUCUGGUACACAAAUUUGAUUGGAAAUUGCCUAACGGGAUUGACCUCGACAUGACUGAGAGCCAUGGAGUCACUGCCCAUAGAGCUUCUCCUCUUCUUGCACUUGCCUCUCAACCUAAAUGAUUUAGACCAACUUUUCACUUACGUUCACAUGCAUACUUUAAACGUUGACAACUUUUAUAUGAUUCGUGUCAUGUGCAAUUUUCGUAAAUUGUGUGUAUUCGUUCAGUUGUCAUGUUUAUUUGUGGUUGAAGGUCAUAUCGAAUCUUAUCUCAUGUUCAAUUGCUAUUUUUUUUCUCAAAAGCUCAUCCUUUGAAAAUGUAUCUUGGCAUAUCCCUACAUUGCCAAUAUUGUAUUGCCAGUGUUAUAUUGUCCAUCUCA